AUGGCAGGAAUCAUGUGGUCCGCUCUUGCGGCCGUUGUGCUGCCUUUGGUGACAGCCCUUACUCCAGAAGGCAUGAUCGCGGCUCCUCGGAGAAGUGAGAUCGUUCCUAACCCGACGGGUGAAUGGGGACUCUUCUCUGCGACAAACUAUUCGUGGGAAGACCACGAGUCCACAGCGGUGUGGAACCUACUCAACCUGACCAGCGGUGAAGUCACAUACCUGGCCGAUGGCAGCGAGAUCUCCGAAGUCGUGUGGACUGGCAGCGAGAAUGCCAGCACCGCUGUCAUCUACGUCAAUGGUACCAACGAGGAAGCAGAUGGAGGCAUUAGCAUCUACUCCGGCGAUGUGACUUCACUCAGUGAUGCCACUCUCCUUGGCUCGCUUCCCGCUCCCUACGCUGGCCUCAAGCUGGCGCUCACUGAAAGCGGAGACAUCCACUUCCUCAUGUAUUGCAAAGCAUAUCCAAACGGAACCGCAUACAACCCGGAGCUUGUGCCCGAGCCGUUGACCACCGCACAAAUCUAUACCACAACUUGGGUCAGGCACUGGGACACCUGGCUCGAUGAGACUCGCAACAACCUCUUUGCAGGCGUCCUAUCCGCCGAUGGUGACAGCUUCAGCUUCGAUGGCAACCUGACCAAUCUCCAGCAGGGUAUCGGCAACGUUAUUCGUGCCGACACCCCAGACUCUCCCACGGGAGGUCCAGAGACCUACGAUAUCUCUCCCGACGGCCAGUUGGUAGCCUGGUGGACGCGCAAUAUCGAUAGGCCCGUGGCCAAUCACACGCAGGCUUUCAUCUGGCUUCAGCCAUUCGAUGGCUCUGCGGAAGCGGCGCCCAUUAACCCGUUGGACGGUAGCAGCACUCCUCCCAACGCAAAGGGCUACAGCAGUGUCCCUGUCUUUUCGCCUGACAGCCAAUAUAUUGCCUAUUUCCAAAUGGACACCGACGGCUACGAGUCAGAUCGUAACAAGCUCUAUGUCGCCAACGCGAAUCUUGAUGAUCCCAACAUUACGGUCUUGGCCGAAGACUGGGACCGCACACCAGACAACCUAAAGUGGGCAAACGACGGUCAGGCUAUCUGGGUGACCGCAAGCGAAGCCGGGCAGGGGCGCCUCUUUGGAAUUCCCCUAUCCGCUUCUGCAGACUUCCAGCCCACCAAUAUCACCGAUCUGGGCACCAUUGCCGCCUUCUACGUGUUACCCGACGAUAACAUACUCAUCUCUGACAGCAAGGUCUGGUCGUCGCGCGACGUCUAUACCAUCUCUCCUGAGGGCGAGCUGGUUACAGACCUAUUCCACUCCAACGAAGUCGACGAGGAACUUUCCGGCCUCUCCGCCGCGGAUUACUCGCAGUUCUACUACCCCGGCAACUUCACCGACAUCCAAUCCCACAUCAUCUACCCCGCCGACUUUGACCCCAACCAGACCUACCCUCUUGCAUACAUCAUCCACGGCGGCCCGCAGGUCCCACACUCAAAUGCAUGGUCUACGCGGUGGAAUUUCAAAGUCUGGGCCGACCAAGGCUACGUAGUCGUGGCACCCAACCCGACUGGUUCGCCCGGCUUCGGCCAGGCCUUCACGGACGCCAUCCAAAACAACUGGGGCGGCUCCCCCUACGACGACAUCGUCAAGGGCUGGGAAUACGUCGACGCCAACUUCGACUACAUCGACACAGACAACGGCAUCGAGGCGGGCGCCUCGUACGGUGGCUACAUGACCAAUUGGAUCCAAGGCCAUGAUCUGGGUCGCAAAUUCAAAGCCCUCGUGACGCACGACGGUAGCACCAGCACACUCAACCAGUAUGCCUCUGAGGAGCUCUUCUUCAUGCAGCACGACUUCAAUGGCACGCUGUGGGAGAACCGCGACAACUACGACCGCUGGAACCCGCUUGACUAUGCGUCGAACUGGGCCACCCCUCACUUCAUCGUUCACAACACCCUCGACUACCGUCUCCCCGAGAGCGAGGGGAUCAUGCUGUUCAACAUCUUGCAGGAGCGUGGCGUGCCCAGCAAAUUCCUGAACUUUCCGGAUGAGAACCAUUGGGUGCUGAAUCGGGAGAAUAGUCUGGUGUGGCAUCAGCAGAUCUUUGGCUGGAUUAAUUACUAUAGUGGGAUUAGUGACGUGAGUCCCUUUGAAUAA